AUGCACCGCUCUCAGUUGAAGGCAAUGCAGCUUCUGGCGAUAGCAAAAAAGCCUGUAAUCAAGAAGUACGGAUGCAAUGAAAUUCUUCAAUCAUUCAUGACACAGCUUAAUCAGCUAGAACAGGUGAUAACUACAUGUACAUGUAAUUGACUGCACUGCAGUAAAUAUCUGUGGCGAACGUAUCGAUUACAAUAAUUAUCAUCACUUUUUUUGUACAAGUAUUUUGGAUAAGAAGUUCAGUUGUGUACUACCAUACCUUUUCACUAAUUUGCACUUAUGCUUUCUGCAGAAAGUAGCAGAUCUAGCCUAAAGUGAUCAUGAAGACAGCCAUGAUCUCUGAAUAAUUGUGUACUCAUAUCUCUUUUUCUGUUUAUAGGACGGAGGGCACCAAUUUAUCAUCAAUGGUCAAAGGAAGGCUUUUACUGGUACCAUCAGUUUUGUUUCUGGAGACAACCUGGGAUCCCAGGAGGUUGGGGGCUUCAAAAUUGGAAGCGCCUCUGCUUUGAAGUGCAGGGUGUGCAUGGGAAAUGCAAAUGAUGUUGCUACUAAGGUGGCCUAAAAUAAAUUUUUAGACUUGUACCAUUUGAUAUUAUUUUUUACGAGUUGAUCAUGAUACAACACUGAGUAAUUUGAAUUAUUGUGACUGCAGAAUACUGGUAUUCUUCCACUACGGUUUCAAGGAGCUUUUAGUUUAGUUAGAGGGUGCAAGGAGGUUCUUUUGGUUCUGUCUUUCUUUUGUCUCUUAUAAUGAAAUUGCUUGUGGAUCCCUGGCCUCUAGGGAACAUAAAUUCUAUAAUUAAAGAGUUUUAUUGAGUUCAUGAUCAUUAAAAUUAAUUUUUUGUGCUUGAAUUGCCUGCAGUCUGCAUAUGAAAAACAUAAUACAAUCAUAGAUAUUGGAGCUGAUUGAAGGACUAUUAAUGAAGUAACUAAUAAUAAUUAUUACUCAAAAUGUGGGUAAUUUACCAAAAUAAGGUGCUGAAAAACCACAGUUUCUUUCUUUUUAUUUCCUUUAGUUUAGUGAAGAUGAUUUCCAGCUGCGGACAAGAGCAAUGUAUGACCAGCAGUGCAUAGCCAUUGAAACUUCAGAUGUCGACAUUUCUUCACAUUUUGGAAUAAAUGUUAGAUCAAUCCUAAACCAGUCACGCUACUUUCAUGUUAUUGAGGGGCUCCCCGGCGAUGCCAUGCAUGAUGUCCUGGAAGGGCUUCUCCAAUAUGAAGUCAAAGAACUGCUAAAAUAUACCAUAAAUGAACAGCAGUUUUUAACUCUGGAUAACUUGAAUCAGUGUAUUCAAAAUGUUGAUUAUGGCUUUCCUGAUGUGUCCAACAAACCAUGUGUUAUAUCAAGUACCACCUUAAAUUCUAACACAAAUUCCCUUAAACAAAGAGGUAAAUAAUGUGUUAACAGUAUUUUGUGGUAUUUUUUAAAUACAUCUGUACAUUUACAUUAUCCAUUUUUUUAUUAUAGCCAAAACUUUGAUUUCAUUCCCCUGGUGACUAAGAAGAUAUCAGUACAGUGAACACAACAAUCAAAACUUUUUUCUUUUUUUUUUUUUUACAACGUUGGUUAGCUUUAAUCUCUGUUAUGGAAUAUAGUAAGAUUACAGACCAUAGCUCUGGAGCAAUCAGUGGGUGAGAAAAGUUAUUCGAAAAAAUAUUUCCUGGAUGCCAAUAGACCUUUUUAGCUUGUAUGUUUUGUUUUUACAAUUCGGGCCACAUGAUGUUCUCAAGGGAAUUUACCUUUUGUCUUUUAAUUAGUCAUGCAUGCAUAUGCAAGGUGGAUGCACGUGCAUAGGACGAUAUUCGAAAGAAACAAUUGUCUGGGGUAACAUCACAUGGUUUACAAUGGGAAAACAAAACCUACAAGCUACAAGCUAGAAAGGUCUACUGCUACACAACAUCUUCCCUUAGUUUUGAUGAGUAUUAUGAUUUUUUUUUAUCUAAGCAUCGCAGAUGUGGUGCCUGGGCAGAUUCUUGCCAUUGAUGAUUGGAAGCUACAUACCUGCCGGAGAUGAGAAUUGGAGUCUCUUCCUAAUUCUGUUGGAAAUAGUGUAUAUUAUUUCUGCUGAGGUGACAACCACUGCCAAAGCAGCUUACCUAAGGGAUUUAAUUACAGACCACCACAGCAGAUUUGUCCAGUUGUACCCUAAUUGUUCAGUCAUCCCCAAGAUGCAUUACAUUCUUCAUUACCCGAGGACAAUGGUCAGGUAACUUUCUGUACAUUUUCGUUGAAUUGUUUUUUGUUUUGUUUUUUUUUUUUAUGGAUGAUGAUUGCUGGAAAUAAAGUACAGGGAAGUAUUAAUGGAUUGUCAGUAUCUGCAGUCCUAGUAUGGGUUAUAUAUUAUCGUAUUCUGAAAGACACUGUUUUUUUAAACUGAAUGAUUUUUUUAGAUCAGACACAUUAAAAGUAUUAAGAACAAACAAUUUGCAUUGGAGAGUGCUGAAAAAAGUUACCAUAAUUUUAUUAAACUACAAUGACAUUCACGUUUAUGUAUGUAGCUCUCAUUGAAAAAGUGCAAUAAUAUUUACCAUCAGGAAUUUCAAUUGCUGUAGAUACAAUGUAUUAUGAUACUUAUUUGUUUAAGGCUUGGUCCAAUGGUGCGGUCCUGGACAAUGAGAUUUGAGGCUAAGCAUGAAAGACUCAAGCGGCUUGCCACAUCUCUUGGCAAUUUUACAAAUAUCCCUUGGACAUUGGCUUUUCGCAGCCAGUUAAGGCAGUGCUAUGAAAUCUCAGGCAGCAAGCAUGGCCAUCCAUCAAUCGAAAAACCUUUGGAGUUAGGCCCAGGUACUAGACUCAUUUACAAUGUACCUUUAAAGCACACUUUAUGGGUGCUGCUGCAAUAACAACAUCAACCUUUACAGACUUUUAUAAUGGCAUAAUAUGUACAUGCCUUUUAGGAGUCUUAAUGAUUGACAAUUUUGCUGCUAGUAGUGUCACCGAUAAGUUAUUUUAAUUAUUAUUAUUAUUGUUAAGUAAGAUAAGUUAUUAUUAUUAUAAAAAAAACAUACUUUAUUAAACUCUUCUCAAAUUGAAAAUUAAAUACAAAUUUAGUAUAACUAUAGUUAAAAAAGACUUCUUGGUGGUCUGGUGGUUUUCUACAGACCAAUGAUUAUUAUUAAUUAUUAAUUAAUUAUUAUUUUUAUUAAUUAUUAGAGCAAUUAUUAUUAUCAUCAUUAUUAUUAUUAUUAUUAUUAUUUGGUUUUCAUGAGGGGAAAAUGAUUUUGUUUUUCAUCGAGAAAUGCAUGUAUUAUUUUCUUAGGAACCCCAAAAGAAGCUAUCAGGGCCAACUACUUCAACAUGCUUCUUGAGAAGCUAGACAUGCUGGAAGAUGAUGACCUAAUUUAUGAGUAAGCAAUAAAUAAUCCUUUUAAUACAACUUGCACCACUGGAUUGAUUGUAGAUUUGAACAUGGUUUAUAAUAAUAAUAAUAACUAUAUAAUAAUUGAUAUUUCCAUAAUUAUACAUGACACAAACAUCUUACACGUAGACAGCUUCCAAGUGUCUUCAAUGUUAGCACUUCCCAGAUAAGUGCAAUUAAUUUACAUGAGUGCUAUUUUGUUUGUUUGUGACAUGGUACUCUGAGAACUUAUUAUUGUUCUUUGAUACCAUACAAUGUUGUGAUUGUACAUGUACAUUGUACUUGAUACUAUUUUGUUCUUUUUAGGGCAAACUGGUGCAUCAUUCAUGGUACCAAGUACAAGAAAGGAGUAGCUGUGCACACAGGAGGCGAUGGGCUCUUACCAUGGUUCGCAUGCAUCGAAAAAAUUGUGACAGUCCCUGCGAAAACUAGCACACAUGUCUUCUUUGUUUUGAAGGAAAUUCAAACAUUACACUAUGAAAGUCACAUGCAUGCGUACCGGGUGAGAGUACAGAAUGGAGCAGGCAUCACAGUUUUAAGCCAAGCAGAGCUGACAACCUUCAGACCAUUGCAUGUUUGCACUGUUAUUGGUGACAAUGGCUGAAAAUANACUUCCCAGAUAAGUGCAAUUAAUUUACAUGAGUGCUAUUUUGUUUGUUUGUGACAUGGUACUCUGAGAACUUAUUAUUGUUCUUUGAUACCAUACAAUGUUGUGAUUGUACAUGUACAUUGUACUUGAUACUAUUUUGUUCUUUUUAGGGCAAACUGGUGCAUCAUUCAUGGUACCAAGUACAAGAAAGGAGUAGCUGUGCACACAGGAGGCGAUGGGCUCUUACCAUGGUUCGCAUGCAUCGAAAAAAUUGUGACAGUCCCUGCGAAAACUAGCACACAUGUCUUCUUUGUUUUGAAGGAAAUUCAAACAUUACACUAUGAAAGUCACAUGCAUGCGUACCGGGUGAGAGUACAGAAUGGAGCAGGCAUCACAGUUUUAAGCCAAGCAGAGCUGACAACCUUCAGACCAUUGCAUGUUUGCACUGUUAUUGGUGACAAUGGCUGA